AUGUUCCUCACCUUCUCUACUGGACGUAAUCCUCGUAGGCCUGCAGAUCACCCUCUGCAGACCACCACAACAAAAGCCACACGAGCAAGGCAAGAGUCGACGAACAGGAAUCCAAUCACGAUAACACAGUCCCCUGUCUCUCCCCCCCAACACGCCACCACCAGGCCUCCGAGCUACGCUAUAGCAGUCGAGAUAUUCGUGGAGGCAGAACCCGAAAGCAGCAGUAACACGGACGGAGAGACCUGGAUAGUCGACAAGAAACCCCAACGCCCACUUGCACGAGGCCAAGUUGCGACAUUGCGCACGAAUACGCACGUGAUUGGGUCGGCACGUGUCUCAAAGGUCGCCUCCCUCACACGUCACUGGGCGAUUCUACGACUGGCCGGAGGAAAGACAGGGAUGCGCCUCAGAGUCCCUAUACCAUGGGUCCAUCUGUGCAAGAUGGAUAGCUAUAAGCACACGACACUCUACCACACCUUACCUCUACAACCUGAUCCACACGAUCUCUUCCGUCUCCAUCAUCCCUUCAACGAUACGGAUGUCAAUCCGUACGAAUUCGACAUCACGGAGGCGGACGAAGAUCAGCUCCGAAGUCGACUGCAAAUGCGCCCGCUGUCAGAGAUGACGCUGGCGCCGCCCAAGAUCAUCGAACACGGAGACAACCACGAGGCACCACUAGGAGCAAAGAGCAAUGAGGAGAGCGUGUAG